AUGAGAUAUGCAGAAAACGACCUAUGGGCUCAUUAUCACUUCUUCCUAGAUGAUAAUGCUCGUUUCCAGCUGGUCCAGCAAUUUUUAGUUCCAAACAUCUGCGAAAUCCCAGCAGAAACACCUGAUUGGUCAAUUCACGGCCUCUGGCCGAACUACAGCAAUGGUAGUUACCCCCAAUUUUGCGAUGGAGUUCCCCGAAAAUUUGAUGGAAAAUUGAUCGAACCAAUUGAAGGCAAUUUAACAAAAAUGUGGCCAAAUUUAUAUCCAUCGAAAACAGCACAUUCUUUCUGGAAGCAUGAAUGGGAAAAACAUGGAACAUGCGCUCAAAGUUUGAAAAAUCUAUCUUCAGAGUUCCUUUACUUUUUCAGGACAAUGGAUAUUGAUUCCCAGUUUUCUGUUGGAAACGCUUUAAGGAAAGCGGGGAUUGUUCCCAGAGCUGAGCCUUAUCUUCUGGAAGAUAUCCAAGAAGCUUUGAGAAGUGAGCUUACGUUUGGGAAAAAUGUCCAAAUCAAUUGUUUGACGGAUAAGAAGGUGAGCCUUGAGUGA